GGGUUAGCUGGGCUAACGGGCCGGUCUAUCGAGAAAAGAGAAAGAAAAAAACUUGAUAACGUCGUUUCAAAUAAUUUGAAACACCUGAAACGACGACGUAUGAGGAACAGAAACGAACCCUAAAUUGCGAGCAGUUUCCUCCUUCCCUCCGAAACUCUCCGUCUCUGCUCCGUUUAUCUCCCGGCGGCGUGAGCUCUCUGUCUAAUAUCUUCUUCCCCGCCCCCCUGGUUCAGAAGAGUUCGGAGAUAAUGGACAACGGAGAAGAACAGCAAAUCGAUGUUGGAUCGGUGGUUGAAGCUGUUUCCGCCGAUCACUCCUUUGGUGCUCCCCUCUAUGUGGUUGAGAGCAUGUGCAUGCGCUGCGGUGAAAAUGGAACAAGCAGGUUUCUGUUGACCUUGAUCCCUCACUUCAGAAAGGUCUUAAUAUCUGCAUUUGAGUGUCCCCAUUGCGGAGAAAGGAAUAAUGAAGUUCAGUUUGCGGGAAAGAUUCAAACCCGAGGUUGCUGUUACCAUCUAGAGGUUCUAGCCGGCGAUGCCAAGAUAUUUGACCGGCAAGUUGUGAAAUCUGAAUCAGCCACUAUUAAGAUUCCUGAACUGGAUUUUGAGAUUCCACCAGAGGCCCAACGUGGAAGUUUGUCUACUGUGGAAGGAAUAUUAGCACGAGCUGCGGAUGAACUGAGUGCCCUUCAAGAAGAACGCAAGAAAGUGGAUCCUAAAACAGCUGAAGCAAUAGACCAAUUCUUGUACAAACUGAGAGCUUGUGCUAAAGCAGAGACACCCUUCACCUUCGUUUUGGACGAUCCUGCUGGAAACAGUUUCGUCGAGAAUCCGCAUGCUCCAUCACCAGAUCCUUCUUUAACCAUUAAGUUCUAUGAUCGAACACCAGAGCAACAAGCAACACUUGGAUAUCUUGCUGAUCCAUCGCAAGCUGGACAUUCAGAAGGAAGCCUUGCCACACCUUCUGGUGAAACGGGUUCUAUACCUCAUGGAACGAUUGGAGCAACAGCUGGUCAUCGAGCUAUCGCUCAGAGUAAUAGCACUGAUAUUUCUGAUAACUUGUUUAGUUACUCUGCCCCUGAAGAGGUGAUGACUUUCCCUUCAACCUGCGGAGCAUGUAUGAAGCAGUGUGAGACACGGAUGUUCGUGACUAAAAUCCCGUACUUUCAGGAGGUUAUAGUCAUGGCAUCCACAUGUGAGGAUUGUGGCUAUCGCAAUUCUGAGUUGAAGCCUGGUGGUGCUAUUCCUGAGAAGGGAAAGAAAAUUACUCUCUCUGUGAAGGACAUCACUGACCUUAGCCGAGAUGUUAUCAAGUCAGACACAGCAGGAGUGAAAAUCCCAGAACUUGAUCUGGAGCUAGCUGGUGGUACACUUGGUGGAAUGGUAACAACAGUGGAAGGGUUGGUCACACAGAUCAGAGAAAGUCUAGCGAGAGUUCACGGAUUCACUUUUGGUGACAGUCUAGAUGAGAGUAAGAAGAACAAGUGGAGAGAAUUUGGCUCCAGGCUAACUAAGCUCUUAAGCUUAGAACAGCCAUGGACUUUGAUUCUUGAUGAUGAAUUAGCAAAUUCCUUUAUUUCACCAGUAACUGAUGAUAUCAAAGAUGAUCAUCAACUCACAUAUGAAGAGUUCGAGAGGUCAUGGGAGCAAAACGAGGAGCUGGGUCUCAACGACAUAGAUACUUCUUCAGCCGAUGCUGCUUAUGGAUCUACAGAGACCACUAAAUUACCUUAGACCUAAAAAGUUGUCUGGAUAACUUGAUUGUCGGACCAAUGGUGAUGAUCAUAGAGAUGGAUAUUCAUGUUUUUGUUGUAUGGUAUAACAAUUCUCAGAGAGCAAACUGCUCUUUUUUUUAUUUUUUACAAAAAGGUUGUCUGAGUUCGUUCUUUCUU